UAGGGUUAGGGUUAGGGUUUGGGUUUGGGUUUCUCCUCCCUUCUCUGGAUCAAGCGAUCGCAUCGCGAGAGAGCCGAGAUCGUCGUGCUGCGUCCAUGGCUUCGGCGGCCGCCGCCGCGGCCGCUGCGGUGACGAGCUCGCAGGUGCGGGAGAGCUUCGAGGAGCUGGAGCGGCAGCGGGAGCUGAUCACGAGCUGCACGGCGCUGUGGAAGGAGCUCUCGGAGCACUUCUCGUCCCUCGAGCGGGGGCUCGAGGAGCGCUCCGAGUCGCUCCGCUCCAAGCGCCGGUCCCUCGACCUCAGGGCCCAGCGCGCCCUCGACUCGCUCCGCCGCCGCGAGCUCUCGAUCGACGCCGCCGUCGACCUCGCCCUCUCCAAGCUCGACGAGCGCCGCGCCGCCGCCCUCGAAGCGCUCGCCGCCUCCGAUCUCCCCGCGAGCCUCCGAUCUCUCUGCGCGAAGAUGGAUUCCGAGGGUUUCCUAGAUCUCGUCGUGUCGAAGCGGAAGGAGGCGGAGCUCCUGCGCUCGGAGAUCCCGCUGGCCCUCGCCGGCUGCAUAGAUCCGGCCAGAUUCGUUCUAGACGCCAUUUCUAGGGUUUUCCCUGUCGACAAAAGGGAGGUGAAGUCGCCGACUGAUCUGGGGUGGGCUUGUGUGCUUAUUCUCGAAUCUCUCGUCCCCUCCUUAGCUGAUCCGGAGCUCGGCGCGGUGAGGCCGCUGGUGACUCGUGACAUGAAGGAGAGAGCGAAGGAAAUGGCGGAGGGGUGGAAGGAAGGUUUGGAUCAGCGUGGUGGGAUAGAGAGUGCUAAGCCUGCGGAUGCUCACGCCUUCGCCCAGCAUGUUGUGACCUUUGGGAUCGCCGCAAAGGAGGAUAGGGAAUUGUACGAAAAGAUUGUCGUGAGCUUCUCGUGGAGGAGACAGAUGCCGAAGCUGGCCCUCACUCUGGGGCUUGAGGAUAGAAUGACUGAUAUAAUCGAGGAACUUAUUGCCAAGGGACAACAUCUGGAUGCUGUUAAUUUCGCAUAUGAGGCUGGUCUUCAGGACAAGUUCCCCCCUGUUCCUCUGCUGAAAUCCUUUUUGAAAGACUCAAAAAAGUUCCAAUCUUCGAACUCAGAGGAUAACAACAACUCCGGGCAAGCUGUGAACAAUGCCAAUCGGAAACAACAGUCAGCUAUCCGUGCCGUCAUGAAAUGCAUUGAGGACCACAAGCUUGAGGCAGAGUUCCCCUUGGAGGGCCUUCAGAAGCGUCUUGAGAACCUAGAGAAGGCCAAGGCUGAGAAGAAGAAGCCAGCUGGGGGCAGCAGCAGCCCUUCUUCAAACAACGCUCCUGCCGCAAAACGAACUAGGGCGAACAACGGGGGACCGAUGCCUCCUGCCAAGGCUGGCCGUCUAACUACCAAUGCCUAUGUUUCCUCUUUCCCAGCUCCCCAGGCCCCCCCUCCCACCUUCGUGCGCUCACCGUCGUCAACCCAUUAUCCUUAUGAUCGCCCCGCAGGCCCCGGCAUUUAUGGGAGCCGAAGCCCACCAGCUAUGCGGGAGCCGUAUGCAUACCCAACCGAAGAGAUAUCCAACACUCCUAUCGGCGUGCCGUAUCAUUCUCCUCCUAUGAGCUAUCCAGCUUAUGGGGGUUACAGCAAUGGUUUCGCGCCGGCGUUUCAGCAGGUAUAUUAUCGGUAAGUGAUGGCCUAUUAGUUACUACUUCUAAUAACCCUGUCUCUUAAGUGAACGGUCUUUGUUGUAGCGACUGACUAAAACUAAAAAAGGGUAGGGUUGUUUGUUGUGUGUGCUUUUAAUUUAGAUGCUUGGUUAGUUCUUAUUAAGUUAGAUCAGCUGCUGUAUCUUGCCUCCGGUUGUUAAUGGUUGUAAUUCAUUGAGGAGGCAUUUGAGAAUGUUUUAAUCCUAUGGCACUUAAUGCUGGACAUAUGGAGAGUACCUAAAACUAUUGCUAAGCUGGCACUAGCAUGUUGUAAUCAAAUUCAAACCCUAUAAUAUUAUGUAAAGCUAAUUAUUAGAUAUA